GGGCCGCCGCGCGGAGGAUUGUGGGCCGCUGGGGCCUUUCCGAUUCCGACUCCCUUCGUUCCCCCCCCGACAGGCCAAGUCGAUGUCGGCUUGUGCGGUGGCGGCUGCUGCGCGAGGCCGGUGCUUGGCGGCGGCGCUAAGCCAGGCCAGGGCCGCCUCGGCUUCCACGCGGCCCUGGGGGGGCCUCCGCACGGCGUUGGGGGCGGCGGGGCUGGGGGUUGGGGCUGCCCCCAGGCGCCUCCUCUCUUCCCGGAACCGUCCUGAGGGCAAAGUGCUGGAGACAGUGGGAGUAUUUGAAGUGCCAAAACAGAAUGGCAAAUAUGAAACAGGGCAGUUAUUUCUCCACAGUGUAUUUGGAUACCGGGGAAUAGUUCUGUUUCCUUGGCAAGCCAGGUUGUAUGAUCGAGACGUCACUUCUCCAGUGUCUGAGAAGAGUGAGAAUUCCACUGGCCACGGAUCCAAAGAAGUGAAGGGGAAGACACACACUUACUACCAAGUUCUCAUAGAUGCUCGCGACUGUCCCCAUAUAUCUCAGAGAUCUCAGACAGAAGCUGUGACUUUCUUAGCCAACCACGAUGACAGCAGAGCCCUCUAUGCAAUACCAGGACUUGACUAUGUCAGCCACGAAGACAUCCUUCCGUACACAUCCACUGAUCAAGUGCCCAUUCAGCACGAACUGUUUGAACGGUUCCUCUUGUACGAUCAGACAAAAGUUCCACCCUUCGUGGCGAGGGAUACGCUGUGUGCUUGGCAGGAGAAAAACCAUCCCUGGCUGGAACUCUCUGACGUGCACCGAGAAACCACCGAAAACAUCCGUGUAACGGUCAUCCCUUUCUACAUGGGCAUGCGAGAAGCCCAGAAUUCCCACGUCUACUGGUGGCGCUACUGUAUCCGCCUGGAGAAUCUGGACAACGAAGUGGUGCAGCUCCGCGAAAGGCAUUGGCGGAUAUUCAGCUUGUCUGGCACGCUGGAGACUGUGCGUGGUCGGGGUGUCGUGGGACGAGAGCCAGUCCUGUCCAAAGAGCAGCCAGCCUUCCAGUACAGCAGUCACGUCUCCUUGCAGGCAUCCAGCGGCCACAUGUGGGGCACUUUCCGCUUUGAACGGCCUGAUGGUUCUCACUUCGAUGUCCGAAUCCCACCCUUCUCUCUGGAAAGCAACAAGGACGAGAAGACGCCCCCUUCUGGUCUCCACUGGUAGAGCCGUCCUCAGGAAACCAGGCUCCCCAGGAACGCGCCCACCUUUUUUCAAAGGCUGAAAAGGAUUGUGUUUUUAAAAACAUUUUGAUCCCACCUUCCCUUGUUUUUUUACCAACUAUUGAGAGAUUUAUGGGGCUCGGUGGGGUGUGGGAAGAGUUUGGAGCUGUUAAAUCUGACUCGCUGUGGCUGCUUGGCCCCAUGAACCCUUUCCCCACCCUAGCUGUGCAAGCUGGGGUCUCCAGAGACCCCAACUGCUAUGAAUGGAGCCCGUAAAGGCCUACUGGCUGUGAACCAUUGGAAAUGUGAAGUCCCACCCAAAUGAAGACAUCAUCCCCAGUGGUAGGCCAGUCUUCCAUCAUAGCCCCAAGACGUUGCUGUCUUCCCCAUUUCUAGCUUCCUCCCGCUCUCGGAGGUGGUGUCAUAUUAAAAGGUUGGAGGUUGGGAAUGGUAAGAAUAGGGAAAUAUCCCAACUGCUGUAUCCCACCUCUCACUGCAAAGCUGAAGCAUCCCUUUUAGAUACUGGGUACUCUCUUUUGCACUGACUUUUCUUAGUUGGAGCCUGAACCCCCCUGGGAUUUGGGGUGGGUUGUUCCUCCUGCAGGAAUAUCAAUUAUUUUCCAGAGUAGCUGGAGCUACCAAUUCCUGGCCCUCAGGGCUGGGCCAUUUGCUUUGAUAGCUGUGGGUCGGUGUGUAGCAUUCCCACCUCACUGUUGUGUCAGUUCAUUUUCCGGCCUUUGCUUACUUGGGUGGGGCAUGACUUGGAAUUUAAUACAUAAGACAGGAGUUGUGAGCAAGGCAAAGCGGAUUACAAUGUGGAGCGGUUUAGUAUUGCACACUUGCUGUUACAGCAGAAUGCUUUCCCCAGGUGCAAAGCUGCCAACUGUUUCCCCCCACCUAUUUAUUGGCAUCCUGGAACAGCCCUAAGGCAGAAUGGCGCCAUCUAGGGAAAGGGCAAGCAUUCUGAGGUGCAAAGUCAGCAGAUGCUCACAAUCCAAGGAGCCGUUUGGCCUCUAAGUAAACAGAGCCGGUCUUGCAGAGAGGAGCUCCUUCAGCUGGUCCUUUCCUUCCCGAACUGCAUAUUUUUUAAGCAAUUAAAUUAAAAUACCUCCAACAACGUAGCUGUUUCUCUGGUGAUUCUGCCGCAGCUGCUGCAAAUGCCAAAGUGGCUGUCACAGGCAAAGGUGUCACGAACAGCCCAGUGGUGUGAAUUAGAUGCAGCUAACACUGUUCCUCUGACCCAGGUUCCCACUCUGCUGGUGUGUCUGCCAACAGCUCUUUAAAAAAAGGAACCAAACCAGCUGUGGUUCAGAAUUGGAAGAGUAGCACACCUACACAUCCGGGAAAGCUUUCUCCUUGGUCCUGUUUCUGGUAGUUGAGCAAGCCAGCAGUAAAAAUGGGGGAACAUUCUUAGAUGGAGUGCUAAAAGGAAGGGGUCUUUGGGGAUGGGGGUGGGAGUAUGUUGCUUUCUCAAAUACUUCUUUUGGGCCAUUUCCCUUGAAGGGGCAAGUCCUCCCACAGUGCAUUGGAACUUUUAGAGGCUUUGGCAGAGACUGGCUUUGUCAUGUAAAUAACUGUAAAAAAAAGGCUAUUCAAUAAAUGUGGUUGAAGUAA